AUGAACACAACUCAACACGCGGGGUCAGCUAGUCAAGAUGGUCACACCCUUUGCGAUGACCGAUCAGAUAGAACCAGUUUGACCCAAGAAGUUGAUUCGAGCCCGGCAGGACAAAACCUUCAUACUGCAAAUCAAAUCAGAGCGCCACUCCCUCCACAAGUUCGGCUGUUGAAGCGUUCUUGGUACAUACUAUAUCUUGCUCUGGGAUAUAUCGGUUUGGCUCUCUUUUCAUGGGUUGUCAUUUGCAUUCUAUCCGUUCGCCCUAUCACCGCUAAUCACUACGGGGCCUGGAUAUGGAACGACCAAAACAACCGCUACGGGUGGACCACGCCUGAGCUCAUGCACAAUUUAUAUGUUCGCAAUGAGCGAUGGUAUCGUGCUGCUCAGAUCAUCCAAUCCAUUGUCUCUGUGUUUACCAUUCCUUUGACCUCUGCUGUGUGCUCAAGCGCUGCGGUCAUUUUUAUUCAACAGCGACGCGGCCUCACCCUCUUACAGAUGAUGACGCUUGCCGACAAAGGCUGGAAUGAUUUAUCGAUGUAUGGCAGAGUCGUUCCGUUUUUUUCCAACGAACCUUGGAAACGCUACAUCAGCUCAUUUCUACUUCUGGCCAUGUUUGUGAACGUCUUGGGUGCAAUCAUAUCUCCUCUUCAAGCUGUAUUCUUGUCGUCUACAACAAUUAAGACCCCAACGUGGCCCUCGAGCAUCAGUGAGAUUCUCGAUAUCCCCGAUCAGUUUUCUCCAUACUAUGACGAUGAUGUCAACUUGAUUGUGGUGAUGACUCGUGCCGCAUUAAACUCAGCCACUACGACACAAGAAGAAGCCCAGCUCUGGCAAGGUGGCGAGGUAUCGUGCGCCUAUACAGGCGAUGUCGAAGUCUUACCCACUUCAUGCAAUAACGGUGCCACUCUUGGUGACCUGGCAUCACUGUCUGAUCCUUUCCUCGCCCAGUUACCCAAUGGCUACAAUACAGGUCUCAUUCAGCAAUUUGUUCCUCGCAUCAACUCAAGUGCGCACUAUGAGAACAUUUCUUCGGAAGACUUUCCGAAGAAUUGUGAUCAGAUAGAUGGGGCUUUCUUCAUCGAAUACACCAAUACGACUAAUGAAUAUGUCCCAUAUACUUGGGGAGUACAGGCAUGUAUGCCUGCUAACGUCACAAAGUCACCGUGGAAAUCAACGCGAGAUCGCCAGGAUUUUACUGAGGAGCUCUAUCUGAAUAUCACAUUGAUCAGUUAUGAGUAUGAGACCUAUGACACUCGAACCCUACAAUCCAAUUACACUUUUUACAAAGUGACCCUGAACACGACGACCGGUUAUUUUGAGCUUCCUAAUUACAUGAAUGGUGGAUCUGCCGGAUCUUUAUUAGAAAAAGAUCCUAAUAGCAUUUGCGGAAGUGACUGCGAAGCUGAAGGUUAUAAUGAUAUUAAUGAUCAUAACAGUGAACCUAAACGCAAACGAGACCUAACAGUUUCAAAUGACAAAUCCCUCAUGCUCGAAACGUUAGCUAACAAGGGGCCUCUUCUCACCAUAGCCAUGGCUCUCUUUGGUGAUGGAUCAUUUGUACAGGUCCGCCAGAAAUAUCCACAAACGUUUGCCUCUGUGGACGCGGAUUCUCUUCAUUCUACAUACGCAUGGACCUGUAAGGAUCUAGCACCUCUUGACCUCCUCACAGGCUCUGCCCAGUGCAUUACGACAGACGCCGGUGGUGCAAACGCAUCCGAGCUCAACAGCGUGGUAGCCGAUUGGAUCAACAAUUUCAAUGAUCCGGCCACUAUGGGAUCGACAUUCAACGCUGCCGCGUUCCUCGCCAACAAAGCCUGGUUGAAUAACAACAUUACACCGGACUUGAUGACACUGACCAUCAAUUUUGACAUGGGAGCCGAUAGCAAGAUCCCCGUUAUCUCAAGGGCGGGGGUAAUUCUAAUCUCCACACUUCUCGGGCUGGACAUUUUCAUUAUUUUGUCUCUGGCGACUUAUGCAUGGUGGUCUCCUCGAUGGACAAGACAUAUGGACUCUUGGGCUAUGAUGAGGAUCGGCGCAUCCAUCGUCGAUGACUCACCGUUGCUCGUUAGCCGAAGUAAGGACAAGGUCAAGGCGCUUAAUAAAAUUCCGGGAUGGAUAGGUGACAAGUCGGAGGAGCAUGAACCGGUCGGUACACUGGCGUUGGGGGGCUUGGGAAAGAUUUCCUCCCGAAAGAAUGAACGUUUCAACGGGUUUGACGGGAACGAUGAGCAGCGACUUCGUAACGAAAGAGAGCAGCGACUUUAUAAUGAAAGAGUCCAGGCUCAAGCUUACUUCGCGCGGCGGCAUACCCAGAGGAAUGUGGAAGAGACUCCGGAAUCAUAG